AUGCACGCUCAUCCUGAUACAAAGGCAUCAGAUUCUGUUUCUCUCGAAUUCAUAUGCUCGUUGUUUGUUGCCGCUACCACAUCCACCUCGUCAAACACGGCAGUCGACUCAUCGAUACGCCCAUUCCUCCAACGCAUCCAACACUCUUCGCCUCGGUUUUUCGUUUCCCUUGUCGGUGUUCUCUCCUCUCUCGGGUGGCAGGGAGGAGCAGGAGGGGGUAAUUGGCUGAUGAUACGCGACACCCUAGGUGUGCUGCCGUACGACGAGAGAGGCGUCAUGAGGCUGCUAGCGAGGUAUGUGAGGGGCAAUAGGCGCCCUAGUGGGAAAGGAGGUGCUGGCGGAAUGGAUGUCGUGUGGAAACGUUCCUUGGGUGCGUGGGUCGUUGGGAAGCUUGGGGAUUGGACUUUGAAAGGUGAAGGCGAGGAUGGGAGAAGAGAAAGAAUGGUCGAGGAGCUGUACGACAUAUUGGCGCUGGCGCCGUACGUGGAGGAAAUGCCGAUGUUGGUGAUUGGCAUCGUAGAUCGUGUCCUUGGAGAUGACGACUAUGCAGAUGGUGCGCAAGGAGAGGGGAAAAGAGGGCCUGGAAAAGAAUGGCAAGAAUGGUGUGGGACAUACGCCAAUAGCGCGUACGUUUUAGGUGCGUGUUUACGGGUUUUGGGAGAGCAUUUCUCUCGAUCCUCUCACGGUGAGAAGAACGGGAGCAGGGAUGCCAUCGAUGGCGAUGAAGAGGAGCAUGAAGGAAACGAGAGAAUGCGGAAAAGACAACAAACAAGGAAUCUGAGAGGGACGGAGAAGACAGAGGGGACACUCAAGGAUCGGAUAUACGCCCGUCUGGGGCGGUGGACGCGCAUGAUCGUAGACCGAUACGUCUGGUCGGAGAGUGCGCUGAGUGGGCUUGCAACGUUACUGCGUGCAAGAUCCCUCCACUCCCACUCCCGUGCUAUCCGUCUCUCGGCGCUCCAAAUCCUGACCUCGCGUAUCGUGGUGGGGUUAUCGAGUGCGGAAGGGGACGUUUUGCGACGGUGCUUGCAGGGCGAGGAAGUAUCGCUAGAUGUGGGAGGGGCGAGGGAAAGAGUGUUGCGGAUCGGGAGGGUUGGGGUGGCCGUUAAGCAUGGUGAAGCGGAUAAUACAGAAGAGGACGGUAAGGAGUUGCGCAGAGUAGAGCGAGGAGGAGGGGAAGAGUGUGCGAGGUGGUUGAUGGCACAGCUCAAGGUGAAUCUUCGUCCGUUGUGGUCGCCUGCUGCAGAAGCACUGUCUGGCCUCGCCAAUCGCCUUGGCGAUCCCAUAUGGAACGUUAUAUGGGAGGAGUUUGUCGAGACCUUUUCCAAGUCGUCGUCGAACAUGUCGGAAGAGGUUGUUACUACGUUCGUCCCGUCAUGGCUGACUGCAAAAGACAAUCAAAUACAAGACCAUCGCGACGGUGAUACGUGGGAGGAGGAACGGAGUUGGAGAGAUGGCGCGGCGCAUAACGUGAGAGAGACGGUUGCGGAGUGGUUAGAUGAAGGACUAGAGAGGAAGGCUAUCGUUCAGGAGCAGCGCCCUUCCGACAGAUUGGAUCGCUCGUCAUACGAGAUUCAACUUCUGGGUGCGAUUGCACAAUGCCCCACUGUAGCAGAAAAACACAAUCGCGAGUUAGUCUCUCUCUUCUUGAGUUUGGUCAGCGACGUCGAUUCGUGGUCGUCUUCGCCAGGAUCUCUGCUCUCUCGUGGCAUGCCCUACACUAUCGCUCUCCCCCGCCCAAAACUCAUAGCUUGGCUCGCUCUCUUCUCUAAAUUCUCAAAUCCACGGUCCUCAUACGCAUCCUCCACGCUACACUCCCUUUAUCUUGGACUUCUGGCGCACCCCGACCGAUCCCUCCGAUCUGCGUCGAUGCGAUGCAUUCUGACAUAUAAAUCUCCCUCGCUCACGCGUCGCGAAGAUAGUCUGUGGCGGUUACUCGAUAAUGAGCUUUGGCGGGAAGAGUUGACAGCUGUAGCCGAAGAUUUGGGGAGAAUGGAAAGCGAAGUAGUUGGUGUAGUGGUGAGAGUGUUGUUCGGAAUCGUAAGAGAGAGGAAGGGGCGGGGAAUUGGUGCCGGCGAGAGGCGCGCUGCUGUUUUGAGUGCAUUGGGAGGAUGUAAAAAUGAGGUGUUGGCUUUGCUCGUGGAUUUGAUGCUUGCACCGAUGGAGAAAGAUUGUCCGGCAUGGGCUGGCAACGAAGAGUUUAACAUCGAGAUGAGUGGAGGCGUUAUAGGCGCGAGACAGCAGAUCGGGUACUUGAAUAUGCUGGGCGAUGCGUUAAGAAGUUUGGGGGUAAGGAUGGUGGACUGGUGGCCCGCGUUGUUUGGGACAACGGUGUCGAUGGUUGCUGCAGCACAAACACGGUUGUCAUCCAAGGUCGAACUCUCCUCGGAAGUCCAUACCCAGGAACGCCAGGGAGGCGAACAUCCGACUGAGGACAAUGAGUGGGAGGAAGAAAGCGAUGUAGAAGGGCCAGCGAACAACGUGAACGAUGUGACGGAGAUGUCGGCAAGAGACGCACGCACUAUUCGACAGCUCGGCCUAAAGAGAUUGGCAGAUUUCUUCCGUGCCCCAGCUACGUACGACUUUUCGCCGUUCUUACGGGCCACGUUCGAUACGAUCAUCUCGCCUCGCCUUGCUGCCUUGGAUCAAGAGAAUAUACAAGCUCCUUCUGCUCUUUUGGAGAUUUUUGCGUCUUGGUCCGCGCGGCGCGAGUAUGUGCAUUAUCUGGUACAGUUUGAUGGUCGAGUGGUGCCCAAGGUACUAGACUGCCUUGUAUCCCCCGGCGUCAAACCCACCGUGGUAAACUUCGUGCUUGAUUUUGCAGAACGCCUGCUCGCACUUGGUGCCGAGGACGACGCGGUUUCGAAUGCGCUCGUUGCACCUCACCUUUCGUUGUUGUUGAGCCACCUAACGACGUUCGUCGAGCGUACCAAAGGAGAUCAAGACAUUUCGACACCUCUCGCUCAAAGACAGAUUGGCCUGCUCGCUCAACUCGCUCAUCACAUAGAUGGCGCUCAUGUGGAAUCCCUGCUCGGGUUGCUGACCCCGCUGUUACAAAAGCCCGCACGAGUGGUACCGGAGCGCACCAAGGUAGACAUGUUGCGCAUCUUGGAGUCUCUGGUUCCCCUCGCGCCAAGCCUGGAAAGCCCCUCUUCGAUAAGUUUUGCCAAAGUACACGAAGUGCUCUCCCGCCUGUUUCUUACAUUCCGAUCCAACACCUCCCGCUCUGUGCUUGCUGCCACUUUCAGUCGCUUGUCUGCAUGUACUGGCGAAUUACAGUUCGUCGCAGCUCUACUGGACUCUCUGAACGCUUGUUCUACGAAACGCGUCAAUGAACCUGAUUUCGACCGUCGUCUCGCAGCGUUUGCGGCUUUCAAUGACCAACAAUACAAAAAUUUGACGGGGCGUAAUUGGCUACCUGUGUUAUACAACGCUUUGCACUCCAUUCAAGAUCCCGAGGAACUCGCCAUCCGCAGUAACGCGGCUUUCACGUUGCGCCGCUUCAUCGGUGUCGUGGUGGAUAAUUCUACAGCAGAUGCAUCGUCGCUGUUGCCCCGAGUCGUCCUUCCCAUUUUGAAAGGCUCUUUGCGCUCCAAGCAUGAGCUCGUUCGCGCAGAGGUGCUGGGCGUCCUUGCGUAUGCGGUCUCGCAAUGCAUCAGCAUCUCUUCGCUACAGGAGAUGCGACCGCUUUUGGCAGGUGGAGACGAAGAAGCAAGCUUUUUCACCAACAUAUACCAUAUUCAAACACAUCGUCGUACGCGUGCACUUCGUCGACUCGGCGAACAGUGCGAUGCUGGCGCUCUGAGCAGUCGCAUAUUGGUAGACGUGUUCGUACCGGUGGUCGAGUAUUAUGUCGCGUCUACGACGACGUUUGAUCACUUGCUCGUGGCGGAAGCAAUCAACACGCUCGGUCGCAUCGCGAGAAGACUACGAUGGCCUGCAUAUUAUUCUCUCGUGCAGAAGUACUUGCGGGGCUCAAAAGACAAGGGCGACAUCGUCAAAGUGCAUGUUCGUGCCUUGGUCUCUAUUCUGGAGAAUUUCCACUUUUCCAUGGAGGACGCUGUGCGAGAGGUCGAGCCAGAAGGUGAAAUGGAUGUUGCAGAGACUCCGGAACAGGAACCAUCACAAGCUGCUCCGAUCGAGCAUGAGCACGAUGUCAAGAAAGUCUCGGAUGCGGUCAACGCGUAUCUCCUCCCGGCACUCUUAGAGUACCUUUCGAAUCGCGAUGAAAAUGAAGACAGCCUUCGUAUACCCAUCGCCAUUGGAGUGGUCAAGAUCGCGAUGCAUUUGCCUGCUGAAUCCAGAGAAACUCAGAUUACAAGACUACUCACAGUGCUGUGCCAGGCUCUGCGAAGUCGCUCCCAAGACACGCGAGAUUUGGUGCGCGAGACGGUGUGCCGAAUGGUGGCCAUGUUGGAACCUUCUUACCUUGCAUAUGCUAUGCGCGAGUUGCGGGCAGCACUUGUACGUGGACCGCACCUCCACGUACUCGCCUUCGUGACGCAUGCAAUGCUGAAUUAUGUGACGGCUCCUGAGCGGAAAGAGGAAGCGUUCACGGAUUUGGACAGCUGCGUAGAUGACAUUGCUCACGUCGCCUCCGAAGUCGUCUUUGGUGAAUCUGGAAAAGACGUUCAACAUGAGGAUUUCAAGACCAAGAUACGUGAAGUUCGAGGUAGUGCUUCGAAAGGCCUGGACACCUUCGCGCUUACUGCAAAAUAUGUGUCUCCCGAUCGUAUUAACGCACUACUGCGCCCCCUCCGUUCUGUCAUGGAGGUGACUACUUCGUCGAAACCAAUGCAGGAGGUCGACGAGGUCCUCCGCCGGGUCGCGAGUGGUUUGAACUCCAAUGCACGCCUGGGUCCCCCAGAGCUUUUGGUGUUAUGUCAUACGUUGAUCAGUCAAAAUGCCAAGUUCCUGCAGGAGGCACCUCCAAAGCCUAAGCCAAGAGGUACAGGCAAGAAAGACGAUGCCAUCGUACAGUUGAAGCGUAAGGCUGUCAUUCAAGAGGACUGCUAUACGCACAACUCCUACCGGUUUGUGGUUUUCGGUCUGGAACUAUUCAAUACUGCUUUCCGACGUUCUAAGUUCAACCUGCAUGACCCCCACAUUUUGGCUCGGCUGGAACCGUUUGUAGUGUUGAUAGGAAAUACGCUGUACACGAAAUCUGAGGCUGUGCUCAUCGCUGCGUUGAAGGCAGCCCCCGCUAUCCUCCAGUGUCCGGUGGGAGCUGCGUCAUCUUCAGCGGCUCUCAUCUCGAAGCAAAUUCUUGUUAUCAUUCGUUCCAUGGGCAGUACGGAAUCCGAGGUAACGCAGACCGCAUUCAAAUCCCUAGCGACGAUCCUUCGAGAUUGUCCGUCCUCGAAUGUCAAGGAAACCGACCUAUUGUUCCUACUCGAAAUUUUGAUACCAGACCUUGAGGAACCAAGUCGUCAAGCUAGUGCUUUCGCUCUCCUUCGCGCCAUCGUGUCGCGCAAACUCGUCGUGCCUGAACUGUACGACCUCAUGACAACGGUGUCGUCGAUCUUGAUCACUUCCCAGUCGCCGCAUACACGUGAAUCAGCGCGUUCGCUUCUACUCCAAUUCCUGCUCGAUUAUCCUCAAGGUUCGGGUAGGCUGCAAACCACUCUUGCAUUCUUCGCUCGCAAUCUAUCGUUCGAACAUGUGUCGGGGCGUUUGAGUGUACUGGAGCUGCUGCACGCCGUCAUAACAAAAUUCGAUGCAAAUUUGCUGGCCAAGCAUGCAGAAAUGCUUUUUGUUGCCCUCGUGCUUUGCAUCGCCAACGAUGACGAGAAGUCAUGUCGGGAAUCCGCAGCAAACGUCAUACAAGCACUCCUGAAGCGCCUAGCCGAUGAACAGAAAAGAGCCGUCGUGGGACAUCUACAUGCAUGGGCCACACAAUCAGAAAAGGCGAGAUUGCGGGGUGUCUCUGCUCAGGUGUACGGUCUACUAGUCGACGCGCUGCAACGUGACGCUACUCUGCCCCUCGAUACUAUUCUAGCUGACAUUCUGGCCAUCACGGAGAACGCUUGUGCGAUGUUGACAGAGGAAGAUGAUGAUACUGCAGACUAUACUUCAGAGUGGCAAAUGGCGUACCAUGCUCUACAGACACUAAGCAAACUGUUGCACACAUACCCUGAACUGACGGUGGACUACUCCAAGGUCGAGUGGACACACGUACUUGCACUGCUCGUCUUCCCCCACCCCUGGGUUCGCAACGUAGCAUGUCGAUUACUCGGUCUACUAUUCGCAGCCCAACCAACUCCGUCUGCGCAGAGCACGGUUAGUACGGAGGCAUGCGGGACAUCGCACACUAAACUUUGCACGAUGCUCAGAAGCCAGAAUCUGGAACCGGCGGUGGCUCUUCAGGUCGUAAAGAACCUGUUUUUCGCAGGGAAGUGGUUCUUGGCAUGUCCACGUACAUCACAUACAGCCGACAACGUAUCCUCAGAAGAAGACAUGUCGGAGGAUGAGGACGAGCAUGAUUUGAGAGAUGACGAUUCGAAUGGAGAUCCUCUGCCAUGGCUUUUCUCUAAGCUUUCCUUCCAGGCUAGGUCCGCUCAUAUCACGCGCAAGAACAAGGGUACCUCUGCGGCCAAUUGGUCACUCUGCCCACUGUCUGUAUUCCGCUUUUUCGCAGCGAUGAUCUCGCACAUGGAUGGACCCCAACUCGAGCGUUUCCUCCCGCAUAUCCUAACGCCCGUCCACCACAUCGUUGAAGAAGAUACCAUACGGGACGCUGCCAUAGACGAACUAAAAGCGACCGCGACGGAGUUGAUGGACUUAGUUCAAACCAAAGUUGGAACGACAGCCUUUGCGAAUGUAUAUAACCGCAUUCGGCAAAACGUACUCAGUGUUCGUCAAGACCGACGUGUGGCACGUGCAACCCAGGCCAUCACGGACCCCCAGGCAGCUGCCAAGCGCAAGGUCGCACGCAAUUUGAUGAAGAAAGAGAGUAGGAAAAGGAAGAACCGUUCGUUUGCGUAA